CUCGACAACAAAGCCUGUGGCGUAGCUGCAUUUUAAAGAUGCUGGUCGCUACGCCACUAACGGUCAAACGGUUACAAUAGUGAAGUGAAUUAGUAGUGUGUUACGCUACUCGUCCUCAAAUACUGCCGGAGAACUUCUGGUUGAUAAAAAAUAUAGCGUACUGUCUCUUUAAGGUCCCUCAGCUAGUCUGUUUCGUAUUGAUCAAUCCACCAUUUUCCAACACACAGCGGCGGCAGUGCUAACACAGCUCCGGCAGCGAAGAGACGGAGAAGAGAGCCACCCCUCUACCUGGAGAGGAAGCCAGGGACCGGGGCAGUCAUGGCAGCAAACAUGUACCGGGUUGGAGAUUAUGUUUAUUUUGAGAACUCGUCCAGUAACCCACUGCUGAUCAGGAGGAUAGAGGAGUUGAACAAGACAGCCAAUGGGAACGUGGAGGCCAAAGUGGUGUGUUUUUACCGGCGCAGGGACAUCUCCGGCACACUCAUCGCCCUGGCAGACAAACAUGCAAGGGAGCUGGAGGAGGAGAUGGAGAAUCCGGAGAUGGCGGACCUCCCCGAGAAACAGAAACACCAGCUCAGACACAGAGAGCUCUUCCUGUCCCGCCAGCUGGAGUCUUUACCUGCAACACACAUCAGGGGGAAGUGCUGUGUGACUUUGCUGAACGAGACAGAAGCCCUGAAGUCUUACCUGGACAGAGAGGAUGCCUUCUUCUACUCGCUGGUGUAUGACCCUCAGCAAAAGACUCUGCUGGCUGAUAAGGGGGAGAUCCGCGUCGGGAACAAGUACCAGGCCGACAUCUGUGACCUCCUAAAAGAAGGCGAGGACGAAGGCAGAGAUUUGGAGAAACUAGAGGAGAAGGUCUGGGACCCCAACAGCUCUCUGACGGAGAAACAGAUCGACCAGUUCUUAGUAGUAGCUCGGUCAGUAGGUACGUUCGCCAGAGCCUUGGACUGCAGCAGUUCUGUCCGGCAGCCCAGCCUGCACAUGAGUGCUGCUGCAGCCUCCAGAGACAUCACCUUGUUUCACGCCAUGGACACCCUCCAUGCCACGGGCUACGACAUGACCCGAGCCAUCGCAGCACUGGUGCCUCAGGGUGGGCCCGUUCUCUGCAGGGAUGAAAUGGAGGAGUGGAGCGCCUCGGAGGCCAACCUGUUCGAGGAGGCACUUGAGAAAUACGGCAAAGACUUCACCGACAUCCAGCAAGAUUUUCUGCCCUGGAAGUCCCUGACAAGUAUUAUUGAGUAUUACUACAUGUGGAAGACAACAGACAGAUAUGUACAGCAGAAACGAUUAAAAGCAGCCGAGGCAGAAAGCAAGUUGAAGCAGGUCUACAUCCCGAACUAUAACAAGCCAAACCCCAACCAGCUGAGUAACAAUGUAAAACCAGCUCUGGUGAACGGAGCGGCGGUUUCAGGGGUCUCGGGGGUCUCUGGGAUCCCGGGUAUCCCGGGGGUCCCGGGGGUCCCAGGGGUCCCGGGGGUCCCAGGGAUACCAGGGGUCCCAGGACCUCCGGGCUCGGCGCAGACCCCCGGCCUCGGCAGAGCCUGUGAAAGCUGCUACACCAGCAGCUCCUACCAGUGGUACUCUUGGGGACCUCCCAACAUGCAGUGUCGCCUGUGCGCUUCAUGCUGGACUUACUGGAAGAAGUACGGCGGGCUGAAGAUGCCCACAAGACUGGAUGGAGAGAGGCCUGGACCUAACCGCAGCAGCAUGAGCCCCCACGGUCUGCCCCUGCGGCACAGUGGCAGCCCCAAAUUCGCAGUGAAGACGCGACAGGCUUUCUACCUGCAGACUACCGGCCUGACGCAGAUGGCACGUCGGAUCUGCCAAGACAUCAUCAGGCCGCGAUUCCUGGCCCGCCACCCCUACCUCCCCGUCAACACAGCAGCCAUCAAAGCAGAGUGUGCCCUGCGGUUGCCAGACGGGGUAAAAAAGCCUCCGCCUCUGAAACCUGUGGAACGUAAACCUCUGGAGUCUGUGGUUCGGUAUUUAGAAGCACAUCCCCGUCCAGCCAAACCCGACCCCCCGCCUCGUGGAGCGUCCAUCUCCACGGGCAGCCUGACGCCCAUAAAGGCCUCUCCCAUCCUCAACAACGGCUCACCCACCAUCCUGGGCAAGCGCAGCUAUGAACAGCACAACGGACUGGAUGGCUCUAAAUCCAAAGUCCUGGCUCCACAGUGGGACAUCAUGACCAAACGUCUGAGCGAGGCCGCGCGGCCCUCAGUCUCCCUGCAGGACGAGGUACAUGAACUGGACUGAACGCUCUGUGGGAACGACCUCUACUACAAACCCCAGUGAGCAGAGGGUGACAUGAAAUGGAAAGGCGUUUUCCAGUAAACCAUAGCCGAGGGCAGCUGAGGAGACGACCGCCACCUUUCUUCAGUCAGUACGGGUCUGUCACACUGCUGAAGACCAAUCGAUAAUUGAUCAGUUUGGCUGUGGUCAAUCAGAAGAUGAGCCUGACUGUACAGGACUGUGUUUAUUACUUACAUUUCUCGUUAUUACUGUCAUUGUAAUUAUUGUUAUUGUUAUUAUAAUUUUUUUUACCAACUAUAACUCCGCUUCUUGUUUGUCGAUCAAACGAUGGAACUUGUGAAGUUUCAUGAAAAAUGCUUGCAGAGCCCUGUGGAAAAGGGUGGAAGGACUGUAACAUAAGCCACUUGUAUCUUCUAUGUUCAUUUGUUUUUUUUUUAACAAGUUAAAUUCAACAAGGAGACGCACUUUUAUUUCAGCGACACGAGUUCACUCCUUGUCUUUUGUUUCUAUGAAUUUGAAUGCUUUACGGGAAAUCUUGUGUUUUGUGAGCCGGCCCCGCUCUUCGGCCAGAGAGGUUUAACUUAUUGAGAAAGACUUGCUGUUUUUUCUACCUUUUUCACAAGUUAAUGCAUCUAUGCUUAGAUAAUGUAAUUAAAAAAGAUAAUUGAUUUUCCCUCUUCUUUUGGUGUCUGUGCACAGAGGUGAAAGGUGUUUGAUUUCUCACACAGGUAUGCAAACAGGGUAUAUGCAAAAUUAAUUCCAAAUUGCUUUAUAUGUUUUAAAAAAAAAAUCAUCAGUAUUAGAAAAGAUUAAACACAGCCAUGUUUUGUAAGCAAACGUAAAAAAAAACAAAAAAACAACCAAAAAUCAAGAAUGUGUUCUGCUUUCAUGUCCAGUCAUUCUGUUGAUGUGUUUAUCUUUAUGUUUAUUAGUAGCUUAUUGUCUUGAUAUAAACAUCAGUCAAAGGUCGACAUAAGAAAAUAUACAAAUACCCAAAA